ACAGAUGGACAUCAAGAACCAGUAAUGUUUGACAAGAUCACCUCACGCAUCCAGAAACUCUGCUACGGGCUCAACAUGGAGUUCAUUGAUCCGUCGGCAAUGACCUUGAAGGUGAUAAGUGGACUUUACUCUGGAGUAACCACAGUGGAGUUGGACAACUUUGUAGCGGAAACUGCUGCCACCUUGACCACCAAACAUCCUGACUACUCUGUUUUGGCAGCAAGGAUUGCUGUAUCGAACCUUCACAAGAAGACCAAGACAUCUUUUAGUGAGGUGAUGGAUGAUCUGUACAACAUGGUCAACAAGACGACUGGGCGGAAGAUUCCAAUGAUUGGUGAAAAAUAUUACACUAUAAUAAUGGACAAUGCAAAUAAACUAAACUCUGCCAUCAUCUAUGACAGAGACUUUUCCUACAACUACUUUGGCUUUAAGACUCUGGAACGUUCUUAUCUACUGAAAAUCGAUGGGAAGGUAGCAGAGCGUCCCCAACAGAUGCUGAUGAGGGUGGCAGUAGGCAUCCAUGGUGAAGAUAUUGAUGCUGCCAUUGAGACAUACAACUUGUUAUCUGAGAAAUGGUUCACUCAUGCAACCCCAACUCUCUUCAAUGCUGCUACUUGUCAGCCACAGUUGUCAAGCUGUUUCUUGCUGACGAUGAAGGAUGAUAGCAUCGAAGGCAUUUUCGACACCCUAAAGCAGUGUGCACUCAUUUCGAAGUUUGCAGGAGGUAUUGGUCUUAACGUACACUGUGUCCGAGACACAGGGAGCUACAUUGCCGGAACUAAUGGUACAUCUAAGGGCCUGGUGCCUAUGCUCCAAGUGUACAACAACACAGCUCGUUACGUUGACCAGGGAGGGAACAAGAGGCCCGGUGGAUUUGCCAUAUACCUGGAGCCCUGGCACCCAUGUGUCUUUGAGUUCCUUGAAUUACGCAAGAACACUGGUAAAAAUGAACAGAGGGCCCGUGACCUGUUCUAUGCCCUGUGGAUCCCUGACCUCUUCAUGAGACGUGUAAAGGAGAAUGGGGACUGGUGCCUGAUGUGCCCUCGUGUGUGUCCUGGUCUCCAUGAUACUUGGGGUGAGAAGUUUGAGGAACUGUAUAUGAGGUACGAGAAAGAGGGCCGCUUCCGUCGUAAAGUGAAGGCACGUCAGUUGUGGUGCGCCAUCGUUGAAUCACAGGUGGAGACUGGGACUCCCUACAUGCUGUAUAAGGAUGCUUGUAACAGAAAGAGCAACCAGCAGAAUCUUGGCACCAUCAAGUGCUCUAAUCUUUGUGCAGAGAUUGUGGAGUAUUCAUCCCCAGACGAGGUUGCUGUUUGUAACCUAGCAUCCAUUGCUCUUAACAUGUAUGUUAAUCCAGAUAAGACCUACAACUUCUCAAAGCUGAAGGAGGUCACUAAGGUUGUUACUAAAAACCUCAAUAAGAUCAUUGAUGUGAACUACUACCCCGUGGAAGAAGCACGACUCUCUAACAUGCGACAUCGUCCUCUUGGAAUUGGCGUUCAAGGUUUGGCUGAUGCCUUCAUCCUUAUGAGAUAUCCCUUUGAUUCUGUGGAAGCCAAGUACUUGAACAUACAAAUAUUUGAAACAAUAUACUAUGGAGCCUUGGAGGCCAGCUGUGAACUGGCAGAGAAAGAAGGUCCAUACGAGACUUAUGAAGGAUCACCCAUCAGCAAAGGAAUUUUCCAGUAUGACAUGUGGAAGGUGACACCCACAGACCUUCAUGACUGGGCUGCUCUCAAGGCUAAAGUGGCUAAGUUUGGUGUGCGUAACUCUCUGCUCCUCGCUCCCAUGCCUACUGCUUCCACUGCCCAGAUCCUUGGAAAUAAUGAAUCAAUUGAGGCGUACACCUCUAACAUAUACACCCGAAGAGUGCUCUCAGGAGAGUUCCAGAUUGUCAACCAUCACCUCUUGCGAGACCUGACUGAGCUUGGAUUGUGGGAUGACAACACCAAGAACGAAAUAAUUUCCCAGAAUGGUUCUGUCCAGAACAUUGCAAAUAUUCCAGCUGAUCUAAAAGCGCUUUAUAAGACAGUGUGGGAGAUUUCACAGAAGGUCAUUAUUGAGAUGGCAGCAGAUCGUGGGGCCUUCAUUGACCAGAGUCAGUCACUCAACAUACAUAUUGCAGAACCUAAUUAUAGCAAGCUGUCCUCCAUGCACUUUUAUGCUUGGGAAAGGGGGUUAAAGACUGGAAUGUACUACCUCCGCACAAAGCCCGCUGCCAAUGCUAUUCAGUUUACAGUUGAUAAAACCAAGCUAAAAUCAACCACUGAUGCCACUGCUAAGACGAAUGGGACCACAAAUGACUCUCUCAGUGGCACUGUCAAUGCUGUCAAGAAUGAAGAAGAGUAAAACAUGGCUGCCAUGGUGUGCCCACUUGAAUAUAAGGAUGACUGCCUUAUGUGUGGGUCAUAAAUUUGUAACUCUUAAGAGAUUAUAAUUACAUUAUAUCUUGUAAGAUAUUCUUUUUAGAUUUUCUUUGGUUUAAUUAUGUAUCUACAUUUGCAUAUACCAUUUUUAAUCAUUAAUGAUGCAAACUGUGAUUUAUUUUUAUUCUUUUUCAUAUUAAUCCUUUUGUUGGCUGCUCGUGCAGUCCAAAUCUCACCCAUAGACCAGCCAAUGAUGCAAAUUGCAUCAUCCAAAAUGCAUAGAAUUUUCUUUCAAUUUAUUAUUUCAUUUACCAUUUAUGGAUAAAAGUAUUUUAUUUAAGUUCUCAAGAUAAACUCUGACAAAGUGAUAAAAAAAAAGAGUUGAAUAAAUGAUAUGGGAUGGCUGAAAAUGAGUGGAGAGAGAUGUUAUGUGCCAAUGUGAGCACUCAGGGUGAUGGGAAAUACCUGUAUAUCUCUUCUAACGGUCUGUGUAGUGAUGCAAAUAGCGUCUUCAGCUGGCGAAAGAUUAAUAAUAAAUGUACAUACCUAGAACUUCAUACUUUCAAUAGUUAUCUGUGAACUGGAUACCUCUGGUUGAAAGUUGUUUCUUAUGUUUUAAGUAAAUCUUAUAAUUUUAGCUUAAAUUUGUAAUACCUUUUGUUCUUGAGCAAUUCUCUCAUCCAGGGUAGCUGGAAUAGUUUUAAUACUUAUAGAUUUGUACAUGAGGCUUAUUGGUUAUUUUAUAUUUUCUUGGUAAACACAAUUAUAUUUUUGUUCUUUGCUGUAAACAGUAGGACCCUCUUAAGUUGUACUUUCAUAAGUCAGACCAGGGUCUGUGGCAUGCGAGUGCAUCUCCGCUACCCUCUGUGUUUUCCCUCUUUCAGUACUCCCCUGGUGAACUAUUAUGGUGUCAUGUAAUGAGGUUGAAUUGAUUUUACUUGAAUUAAUAUAAAAAUUGAAUUUUCUUUUGUAACAAAAUAUUCAAGUAUCUAUAGAAGUACAGUAGUUUAGUUAUCCUUCUGAAAUGUAGGAGAAUAGGGGCUGAUAGAGCGUGGGAAGUAUUAAGCUUACAUCAGUUUUAAAGCAAACGUUGUAAUACAUUCUUAAAUUGUGAAGUUAACCUUAAUUGUUAUUUAAUCUGAAAUAACCUAUGAAAAAGAUUGAUGAUCACUUUUAGAUGAGUGGCUAGUCCUAAAAUGUAACUCAUUGAAUAUUUUUGAAGUAAAUAUCUUGUAGAAAGUUUGGGAGUUAUUGUAAUAAUGUGAUUUUUCCAGUAGAUAUGUAAUGUUAUCUUAUU